UUUUUCUACAAGUCGCAAUAAGUAAGCUGUUUUUUUUUAAUGCAAACAGUAGAGUUAAUGUGUAUUAACAGAUGUAUGCACUGUGAUAAUGUAGAGAAUUAGCAGGUGAAAUGGGAUUAGAUGGCGAGCAGAUGAAGUCCAAUCUACUUUUACUGACUGUUCUAGGUUGUGCUUCUGUAAUUCGGUUUAUUCAUUCAGUCAUUCAUCCUAUGACAGUCUCUUUAAAAAAAUGAAAAUUGUAGUUCCAUGAUGAAAAGCAAUAAGGUAAAUGUGUGUUUACAAUGCUGGUGUGUUAAUUAUGUACUGUAUGAUGUUACUUUCUGAAAUGUUCAGUGUAUUUGGCAAUUGUGAAGCAGCUGAUUGAAUGUUGGAGGCCCAGAGGUAGCAGUUUUGCACUGAGUUUGUUCUGAAAGGGUGAUUUUGUAUGGCAUAUCUGGCAACCCUGUGAGCAAGUAAAACUUUGCUUUGUGUUUGUAGGACAGACUUCGAGGCUGUGAUAAUUUAAUAACGAGGCAUAUUUUAGUUUAAAAGUGCUUGUUUUGGAGAGUCGUUGUUAAAGAUAGUUGCACUCUAACAGACUGUUAGGAUGUCGGCUUGUGGGGAAGAAUCUGCUCCUGGAGUGAGCAACACGUCGGGUAAGGGGAACGUGAGGAAGUGCAGAGCGCUGUGCGGUGUGUGUAAGCGCAUGUACCGCGAGCCCAAACUCCUCUCCUGCUUGCACACGUUCUGCGCAGACUGUAUCCGCGAGCUGGAGCGCUUUUCUCCGCUGAGUGCGGCCCGAGAGCAGGCGCAGUCCGUCACCGUGCUGUGUCCUGAGUGCGACAGUGAGGUGGAGCUGCCGCGCUCCGGGGUGGACGGGCUCGCUGCAGACCCCCUGGCGCUGGACGAGGUGUUCAUGGAGACGCUGCUGCUGGAGAAAAGCGCCGCGUGCGACCUGUGCGGAGACGCCGAGGCCGAGGCCCAGCAGCGCUGCGAGGUGUGCAGCCUCAACCUGUGUGACUUCUGCAGCCAGGCGCACAGGAGACAGAAGAAGACAUCCAGUCAUGCAAUCCACAGCUUGGAAGAGCUGAAGCGCCAGGGCCGUCUCUCCAGACCCGUUCUGUGUUCUCUGCACCCAGGCCAGGAGUUGCGUCUCUUCUGUGAGACCUGUGAUCUCACUGUUUGCCUGGAAUGCGCCGCCACGUUUCACAGGGACCAUCGCUGCAGUCCCACGCAUGAGGUCAUACAUCAGCAUGGCGACCGUAUCCGGGAGCUGGUUUCCAGGAGGCUGCGGCCUCGUCUAGUCCGUCUGGAGGAGGCACUGAGGUGUGUGGAGGUUUCCCAGGAAGCUUGGCAGUCUCGGGCAGAGGAGAUGGCGAGGGAAAUCCAGGCCUUUGCGCAAGCCUACACGAGCGCUGUGGCAACUCACUGCCGUUCUCUUCUGCGUUCCCUGGAGGAUCUGAGACUACAGAGGCGCAAUCAGCUCCAACUGCAAAGGGCGCAGCUGCAGCAGGCACUGUUUGAUAUCCGUGGCAGUGUUGACUUUGCUGAACGCUUGCUCACAUGUGGCUCAGAGGCAGAGAUCCUCAGCGUGAAGGGAGUAACCACAAGGCGGUUAAUGAGCCUUUUGGAGAUGGGGUAUGAUCCACACGUGACCCCUGUUAGCCAUGACAGUGGUAGCAAUAUCUGUUUUUUACCACAGGAGCUUGCAGGGCAGGUGGAGGGAUUUCCCAUGGUGGGAGUUCUGCAGGCCAAGACUGUAGAUCCCAGCAAGUGCACCAUUCAAGGCGAAGGUGUCCAACAGUGUGUUGAGGGCCAGAAGUGUGAGUUCACACUCAUCUCUAGGGACUCUGCUGGGGAGCUGAUGGGCAAAGGAGGAGACUCUGUGCUAGUCAGCAUAAUCCACACAGAAAAGAAAGAGUGCAAAGUGGAGACAACAGUGAUUGAUAACAGUGAUGGGUCGUAUGCUGUCUCCUACACACCCAAGGAACCGGGAUUCUACUCUGUGUGGGUGUGUGUUAAAGCACAGCAUGUUAAGGGUUCACCUUUUGUGCUGAAGGUGAAGAGAAAAUUUCAGCGCCACCACGGCAUCUUCCACUGUUGCUCCUUCUGCUCUAGUGGAGGCGCUAAAGAGGCACGGUGUGGCUGUCCUGGGACCAUGCCAGGAGGGUUCCGGGGCUGUGGUCAUGGCCAUAAAGGUCACCCAGGGAAGCCACACUGGUCCUGCUGUGGUAGCGUGCUGGAGAGCUCAGAGUGCGUGCGUAGCCUCGUGUCAGGCUCUCACCGUGGGCAUGUCCGAACUGUGGAACUCUGAUAGAACACCCUCACAUGAAAAGACACAAGGAGAUUUCAUAGCUCGAAGAUGUUAUGACAUGUACAGUGCUUUAAAAACAUGAAACUGUUUUGGUAUGUUUUUUUUUUUUCCUAAGAUGUCACCAGCAGGCCUGCUUGUGAUGCAGAUGAUCUCUGUGAAGCUGGAUUAUUCACCAAAAACCAUUAAGACUCUUUUAUUUAACAGCUUUUGGUACAAGUGUUUUGAACGAGUCAAGAUGUGACUUAACCAAAGCUUUAAGAAGGUGCUAAAAAUGAACAUGAAUUAAGAAAAAUAGACACAAGUAAAUAUUCCCACACCAAACGUGGAACUAAUAAACUAAUACUCUUAAUA